GCCUUUUGCCCCCCCGCACGCCGCGCCGCCGGUUUUAAGCUCCAAAGAGCGCGCCCUGCCAUGGCGGAGCGUGCGGGCUUCCGGCUCCAGGCGGAGGCCGCCAGGGUGGUCCCAGGCUCACCGAGCCGCGUGGCCCUGGUCACCGGGGCGUCCCGCGGCUACGGGCGCGCGCUGUGCCUGGCGCUGGCGCGGGAAGGUGCGCGAUGCCUGGCCCUGAUCGCCCGGGACGGUGCGCAGCUGGAGGAGACUGCGGAGGCUUGCCGGAGGCUGUCAAAGGAUCUCCAGUGCGAGCACUUUGCGGGUGACUUAGGGAAGCUCGCUGAGUUGGAGUCGCUGCUGGAGCCAGUGCUGAGGUACCUGGCAGAUGCCGUGGCCUCGUGCGGAGGCGGUGGCAUUUGCGAGCUCUUGGUGCUGCACAACUCCGGCAGUCUAGGCCGCAUGGACUAUGUGCAGAAUUUGGGUGCCCAGGAGACCGGCGCCGCGGUGGAGCUGAACCUCACGGGGGUGAUGGUGCUCACGCAGGCGCUGCUGCAGCGCUUCGGGCCAUGCGCGAAAGGCGGCGAGGCGAGCCUUCGGAUCCGGGUGGUGAACAUCUCCAGCCUCCUGGCUCUGCAGGCGAUGCCUUGCUGGUCGUUGUAUGCCACCGUCAAGGCGGCGCGGGACAUGUACAUGAAGUCCCUGGCCGCGGACGCGAAAAGCUGUGGCUUUGACGUCCGGACACUCUCCUGGGCGCCGGGGCCGAUGCAGACGGAGAUGCUGCAAGAGGUGAUCGACACCUGCCCCGACCCGGAGGUGCGCCAGCAGUUCCAGGACAUGCAGAGCCAGGGGAAGCUGGUGGAGGUGGACAGCAGUGUGGCACGGAGCCCCUGUCAGAUGAUACGCUCAGAGAAAGAAGGAAGAAGGGCGCUGGUUCUUUGUUUGAGUGUGUGGCAAUCCUGCAGUCAGGAACCGGAACAAGAAGAUGUGGCUUCUGGAGUUUCAGGCGAAGUUGGUGCGUCUGCUGCGAGAGGACGCCUACCUGCGCAGAGCCCAGAGAUUCGGAGGCGGAGGAGUGGGGCGCACAUUGACUACUACGACGUUUGAGAUGCUUUUCAGGCGGAAUGCAGGGAGCAGUGAAUGUCUGGGCAGGAGCGAACGAGGCAGUGGG